GGUGAGCCCGUCUGCGCCGCCUCAUUUUCAGCCUGGACGAGCGCAGCACGACGCGGGCUUGGCUCUCUCGACAAUGGGGGAGAACGCGCCACGAAAAGGGUUUCGAGAGACGUGGUGUAUUUCUCAUGUAAAUGAUAUAAGCUCAGCAUGAGUCCGAGCUGUCCCGCCGGAGUCUGAGACGGAAGAAUUUGGCACCCCGGCCGACUCGGGUCGUCCCGCAGUCUUGAAGGCACCGCCACCGUCAAGUGGAUGAAUGCCCGAAGAAUGGAUUCCUUCACCGCCUUGCAUCUCUUAGCCUCUAAAGACAAAGAAUGGGUGUCAACUGGGUGUCAAGCGUGGUAUAAAAGACAAGACGUGACCUUCAAGGCUGUGGAGUUUGCCCGCGUUUGAGGAGGAACGAGCUUCCUAGACUUCAUUGGCAUUCAUGGAAGUCAUUUAACAGCUCCCAGCGUUUGGUCGUCGAACUGCGUCUCCCGCCUCCCCGUCCGUCCCCGCCAUGGUGAUGUCCCAGGGCACGUCCACCUUCCUGGCCUGUUUCGCCGGCUUCUGGUUGGUGUGGGCCCUGGUGGUCAUGCUGUGCUGUUUCUGCAGCGUCCUGCAGCGCCGCCUGAAGCGGCGCGACGAGGCUCGCCCGAGGGAGCGCUGUCUCAGGACGGUGGAGACGGAGACUCCGGAAUGUCCCGCCGUCCCGGCCUUCGCGCCGGUUCCGCAGGCGUCCCCGGCUCCGAUGCCGGUGACGAUGGCGGUACCGCAGACCCAGCAGCAGAUUCCGCGGGAACAGCCGCCCUUCUCUCCGCCGCCCUUCUCGCCGCCGCCCGUUCCGCUUCAACUUUCUCAUCUGUUACCGGAAGCCAACUGGGUCAGCAUGCCGGAAGCAGAUCUAACGGGGAACCCGCCUUGUUACGAGGAGGCGGUGCUGAUGGAGGACCCUCCACCGCCGUACGCCGAAGUCCUGGUGGAACCGCGAGACCCCUCCCGGGACUACCAAGACCCGAGCCCUGAGACGCGCAAGCCUCCGCCGUCGUCGAUGUUCCCCGAACGGGGUUACUCCUCCCUCAUCCGUUUGCCUUCGUCGCAACGCUGGGACUCGCUGGGUCACCUCCUCUCCAACAUGGACCUGAAACCGUACAACCCGUACGAGCCGGUCCCGCCGGGCGUCGCCACGGCAACCAUGCCCCGUCAGGACACCAGGACUCAUCGCGACGGAGGGCGGAACCGGGGUCUCGGGGUCGGAUUCUCUGGGGGGAUCCGGCGUCACGCAGUGCGAGGACUGGAGCGCGGUUGCACCGCCUUCCCCCUGUUGGGGCGGAGCACCGCCGUCUAGGAUCGGGGUUCGCAAACAUUUGGACUCCAGGGGCCCUUACGAGGAGAAUUUAGAGAUCAAGUGAAACAUCUGUAAUUGACGCCAACCCCAAAAAACGUUUGUAAUUGCCGAUAGAUGCCACCAGAUGGAGGCAAAGCACUUUAAGGCUAAUGAAGCUCCUCCCAUCAGUUCAACAUACAUCAACAUUGGCACCAAAAUAUCGCUAAGAUGGCGCCUAAACAUUAUUUGUAUGAGGCAUGGCUUUAGCCUGAGCUAAAAAAUUUGCGAUUGCCGAAACGCGAUUAUAUAUCCCUAAAGGUUACAGGAAUUAAAGUUUCCCAUAUUAGAGAAAAAUAAACCCUAAUAUCAUAACAAAUACAUUUUUGGUGGGAAUUUUUUUUAUGACAAUAAAGUCAUAAUUUUUCGAGAAAAAAAUGUACGUAUUUUGUUGGGAUCCAAAGCUGUUAGAAUUUUUUUUCGGGAGAGUCAGAAUAUUUAUAUUGAAGUCAAACUUUACGAGGGAAGAAAGAAAUUCAAUUCAACUAGAAUAUCCUAAGUGAAUUUACAAAAUACAACAACUGUAACUGUAAUAUUGUAGUAGUAGUGUUCAUUUGAUUAGCUUUCAAUCAGUUGUUUCAAUCCCAUCAGAAUUUGCAAAUAAAAGAAAUCACAUUUUCAGAAAAAAGGGAAAAAAUAAGAAGUAUAAUGUAAAGCUUCAGCUUCUUAUCCAUGCAAAAAUUCGUAGAAUGUUUUUUUUUUUUUUUUUGAAAAGUUGUUUUUCGCACCCCCAAGCCAUGGCUCCCUGGACCCCCGUUUGAGAUCCCCUAGCGUAGGAAGUAUACUCGCUUGAGUCACGGAGGUCGAUAAUUGACUCAAAAGAGGAGUCCACUUCAUCCAGAACUCUUAUUGUAUCGAGGUGCCGUUGCCAUGGCGCCCGGGAACUGCACGUUCUCCACCGGCCGACCUCUCUCUCCGCGUUGGAAGACUCGGACCGGUCGCACGACACACGCCCGCUUUGAUGUUCUGCAAGUCUUUGGAUCAUCCACUUUUUAUGGAAAAAAGGGCGAAUUAAAGUCAUUUCUAGGUGAAGAGGCCGAUUGUGAGAGAAAGUACGGUCAGCGGGCCUCGCGGGGGCCGACGAGUCACCGAUGAUCGAGGGGAUUUUACAGCCCUAGAAAUACGAGAGCCAUGACAAAUGUCUAUAGAGAAAGAACAUCAAAAUUAAGUUUUUUGAAUGAAAAAUUGCACUCAACAGAAUUGUAUUGUAUAACAACACGGUAAUUACACAGUAAUAAUCUAUAAUUGGUUACCACUUAACGCGGGAAAUGCGAGCACAACACACAACCGUACCUAUUGUAUUGUCUACUGAUGGGCGAGUACCAGUAACAGGCAUCCAUAUUCUAGUCUUAUUUCAAGGUAUCGGGUACUCGUACAGGCUGCCGAUACCAGCAACCGAUACUUGAGGCAAAAAAAUCCUUAUUUCAAGGUAUCGGGUACUCGUACAGGCUGCCGAUACCAGCAACCGAUACUUCAGGCAAAAAAAUCCCAUCUCGGUGAAUCAUCUGUGCGCGUUAGAAAGAAGGAAAGGUCUGUUCACAAUACCCCCGCUUAUAUUGCAGCCGUAAAUGGAGUUACCCCACUUUAGUCCUUAGUGGCUCAAACCACCAUGGAGCCGCAUGCUGCUUCACCAAGGCAAUGUAAUGCGUGGAAAUACAUUGUCAAAGGCAGUACAAUUGUAUUACACAGUAAUCCAAUUUUUCAAUAAACGGUUGUGUUGCCUGGCAA